AUGGGACAAACACCUUCUGUUGAGUCUCAAGAGUCAAAAGAAACUAAAAAUGAAAUGCCAGAACUUAAAUCUAGAGAAGAUAUAUUAGACUUCUUUAAUAAUAGAUCUCUGUCUAUUUUGUUGCCAAUGGAAAUUGAAUGCUUCAAAAGUAGACUUGGCGACAAAGAUCUGAGCGAUCCCCUUACAAAAGAUGAAUUUAAUACACUUUUACGUAUUGCAGAUUCGAAUUCCCAACUACAAAUCCUGUUAUGGAACUUCUUCUUAAAAAUAUCAGCAUUCCCUUUCCUUUCUAAUAGAUCAGAAUCAAUGACAGGGUUCGGUAUCUUAAAAGGAAUUAUUCUAUUAACAAGGGAAAGGAUCAAGAAAUAUUUGGGCUGGAGUAAUGCAAAAUUAAUAAAAUUGAUAUUCAUUGGAUUAACCUCUCAGGAAAAAGUAGGAGUUAAAACGGAAGCAUCGGUUUUCAAAAUACAACAUGUUCUUGACACCCUUGAUGGUAUAGAUUUAGCUUCCAGUACGGUAAAAGACACAGAUAUGCUAUCUUUUAUAACCUGGUUAUUGUUGCUGUCUGUGCACUGCCCUACCAGUAAUUGUAAAUUAAACGAAAAAUCUCUAUAUGAUAAAUGGAAAGAUUAUGAGAUUGUGGCAUCAAGUAUGGUGAGAUCUAUGAACAAAAAAAUAACAACAACAGGAAAAGGAAUAGGUAUUUCCUAUUCAGAUUUUUCUCACACUAUAGUUGCAGUAUCUAAGAAUGUUAUGAGCCCUCUAGAAAAUAUAGUUGAACACAUGUUAUACAAACAAGAUGAUCUUUUAGAAUUUCCAUGUCUUGAUACAUUUUUAAAAGAGACUAAGUUAAUGACUUACCCACUUGUUGCUCAGUUAUGUACAGUACUACCUAAUGAGAUAGUAAUGUCUCAAUUACAAAAAUUAUAUGUUGGAAGAGAAAGUGGGUAUUCUAUGAGAUCUUUACAAUCAAAAGUCUUCAAUUGGAAGGCAGCCACAAUUCUUCUUGUAAGCGGUACACGAAUUGUAGAUGAUAUUGAAUAUUCAGAAAAUAAAAAUCCAAGAUAUAAACGAUUUCUUGAAGAAUAUCCCAAAUUAAAAGACGAGGACCAGGAGAUGGAUGAUUGUCAUAAUCUCAAGAAAAAGGUAACCUUUGCAGUCUAUAUAGAUGAACCUUGGAGAGUCACUAAUAAAAAUUAUUUUGGAGAGAAACGAACAUCAAUAAUUGAAUUAAGUCCAAGACAAGAUAAAUUUAAUUCUUUAAAGGUAGGAUCGGUGUAUUUUAAUACAAUUGGCGGAGGUAUAGGAAUUGGAAAUAAUCAGCCAGUGACAAAAUUAAAUUCUGUAAGAUAUGCCCCUGGAAAUGUAUCAUUAACACUAGAUAAUACGUUAGAAUUUGGUGUAUUCAGGCAUACCGGUUAUGGAGGUACAAUAGGACCAAGUGAGUUACUUAAAAAAAAUAAUGAGGAGAACAAAGCUUUCGAAAUCAGAUUUCUUAUUAGAGAUGUCGAAGUAUGGGGGUGCGGUGGUGAAAAAGAAUUGGAAGAGCAACUACGAGAAUGGAAAUGGGAAGAAGCAGAAGCCAAAAGACGCCAAGAGAUAAAUUUGAAGACAAUGGGAGAGGACAGAGCAUUAUUAGAAAUGGCAGGCAUUAUUGGUCAACAUGGUCAAAGUGGGGGCUCGAUUUAG